UCGAAGUGGAAAUCACCGGAAAAACUACAUAGCGCGGCUGAAAACACACAGAACAGCGACGUGGAGAAAAUUGCCCAUCAUAAAAAUCAAGUGCAGACGCCAGCGGAAGCAGAGCGUCAGCGGCAGUCACAGUGGCAGCGCGCGGAAUGCGAAACGCGAAUGAAUGCGACAACGAAUGCUGAUAACAAAGCGUGCGACGCGUUAAUAACAAUAACAAAAGCAGAAGAACAACAAGAAACAUAAAAAAAAAACACAAGAGAAUCGCGCUUUUAAUUAACGGACUACGACGCUAACAGCGCUGUCGACGUCGGCGUCGCGUGGAUAGUGUGGCCAAAGUGUGUGUGUGUGCGUGCGUUUGCGUAGGAGUUUCUUGAUAUAAAAACUGCAUUUGAUUGCAUUUUCGGCGGCAUUUGCGAAACGACCGGCCGCCGGCAAACAUAAAAACCAAACAAAAGGCAAAUCGAUAAGCAAAACGAUCAAAUGUGAAACAUUACUAUUUAAAAAACAAAGAAAAAUCCGAUGUAGAAUCAUCAAAAAUAUACGUAAAAAAUGCAACCAUUCCGUUCCGUGCCGUGCUAAACAACAACAUAACGUAUACGAUCCGAAAUAUAUAUAAAUCAAUAUCUAACUAUAAACCUAAGUAUAAUCUAAACGAUUCUAUGUGCAAUUGAAACAAUCAGUUUUGUAAUAAAAAUUGAGGAUUUAAUGAAAAACUAAUUUGAAAGAGUUAAACAUCUUGGAACGGCGACUUUUGUUUGGAAGCCUUUAAGCCACCGAAAAAAAAACAACAGGAACCGAACGGCGUUUAACCAACACAUAUUUCAAUCUACGGGGCGCUUGGCACUCGCUUGACUUCUGUCUGGUUUAUUGAGUGCAGGCACACAGCAGUUGAGACGCCACAGAGGAGAUUCUUGUGUAUGAAACCAGAGCAGAUCUACCAGAAAGCGGCUAAUAAAUAAAACCCAACGGAAUGGAAAAAAUGCUAGGCCAGGCCGUUUGUCGAGCGUUGACAAUUUGACGCUGGAAGCUACGGAAGAGAAUCUGAAGAGAAUCUGCUUUGCAUUCGCAUUUAUUCCCCUAUCCAAAGACAGGGAAGAGUGUUAGAGAGAGAAACGCAGAGCCAAAGCCACCCCAAGGGUGCGUCCCCACACUCACAAAAAGAACUCAAGCUUACAGAAAGCUCAAAGCUACAAAGCUACGCGCUCAACAUGAAGUGCCACAAGAACAACCGAGUGGCAGGACUCGUAGUAGUGCUAUUCCUGUGCCUCAGCAGCGGCGGCAGGGCACUGCCAGACAGUUCACAGCACAUUCCCGACCAUGGCAUGGGCAUGGGCAUGGGAAUGGGAUCCCACGGCAUGGACGUGAGUCCUGCGCCCGGGUAUGGCGUGCCAGCCAUACCCAAGGACCCGAACUCGCGGUGCGAGGAGAUCACGAUACCCAUGUGCAGGGGCAUCGGCUAUAAUAUGACAUCGUUUCCCAACGAAAUGAACCACGAGACGCAGGACGAGGCGGGACUGGAGGUGCACCAGUUCUGGCCCCUGGUGGAGAUCAAGUGCUCGCCGGCUAAGUUCUUCCUGUGCAGCAUGUACACGCCGAUCUGCCUGGAGGACUACCACAAGCCGCUACCCGUGUGCCGCAGCGUCUGCGAGCGGGCGCGUUCCGGCUGUGCCCCCAUCAUGCAGCAGUACAGCUUCGAGUGGCCCGAGAGGAUGGCCUGCGAGCACCUACCGGUGCACGGGGACCCGGACAACCUGUGCAUGGAGCAGCCCUCAUACACGGAGGCGGGUGGCAGCGGUGGCAGCAGCAGCGGCGGAUCGGGCGGAUCCGGCAGCGGCUCUGGAGGAUCGGGCGGAAAACGCAAGCAGGGCGGCAGCUCCGGCGGCAGUUCGGGCGGUUCGUCGACGUCCAACAAGUGCCGCGGAAGGAAUUCAAAAAACUGCCAAAAUCCCCAAGGGGAAAAGGCAAGCGGAAAAGAGUGCGCGUGCUCGUGCCAGUCGCCGCUAAUCUCCCUGGGGAAGGAGCAGCUCCUGCAGCAGUCGCCCAUGCGGCACCAUCACUGGUACAUGAACCUCACUGUCCAAAGGAUCGCCGGCGUACCAAACUGCGCCAUUCCGUGCAAGGGUCCGUUCUUCAGCAACGACGAAAAGGACUUCGCCGGCCUCUGGAUCGCCCUGUGGUCGGGCCUAUGCUUCUGCAGCACCCUCAUGACCCUAACCACAUUCAUCAUCGACACCGAAAGGUUUAAGUACCCGGAGCGGCCCAUUGUCUUCCUCUCCGCCUGCUACUUCAUGGUGGCCGUCGGCUAUCUCUCGCGCAACUUCCUGCAGAACGAGGAGAUCGCCUGCGAUGGGCAUCUGCUCAAGGAGAGCUCCACCGGCCCCCACUCGUGCACCCUGGUCUUCCUGCUCACCUACUUCUUUGGCAUGGCCUCCUCCAUCUGGUGGGUGAUCCUCAGCUUCACCUGGUUCCUGGCCGCUGGCCUCAAGUGGGGCAACGAGGCCAUCACCAAGCACUCGCAGUACUUCCACCUGGCCGCCUGGCUGAUACCCACCGUCCAGUCGGUGGCCGUGCUUCUGCUCUCCGCCGUCGACGGCGAUCCCAUACUGGGCAUCUGCUACGUGGGCAACCUCAAUCCGGACCACCUGAAGACCUUCGUGCUGGCGCCGCUCUUCGUCUACCUGGUAAUCGGCACGACCUUCCUGAUGGCCGGCUUCGUGUCCCUCUUCCGGAUACGAUCGGUGAUCAAGCAGCAGGGCGGCGUGGGCGCCGGCGUCAAAGCCGAUAAGCUGGAGAAGCUGAUGAUCCGCAUCGGCAUCUUCUCCGUACUUUACACGGUGCCUGCCACCAUUGUCAUCGGUUGCUAUCUGUACGAGGCCGCCUACUUCGAGGACUGGAUCAAGGCGCUGGCCUGUCCCUGCGCCCAGGUGAAGGGUCCCGGCCGUAAGCCCCUCUACUCCGUGCUGAUGCUCAAGUACUUCAUGGCCCUGGCCGUGGGCAUCACCUCCGGCGUAUGGAUCUGGUCCGGCAAAACGCUCGAGAGCUGGCGCCGCUUCUGGCGUCGACUGUUUGGGGCGCCAGAUCGCACUGGGGCCAAUCAGGCGCUGAUUAAGCAGCGACCGCCCAUUCCACACCCGUACGCUGGAUCCGGAAUGGGCAUGCCCGUGGGCUCGGCGGCUGGAUCGCUGCUGGCCACGCCCUACACACAGGCUGGAGGCGCCUCGGUGGCCAGCACCAGCCACCACCAUCUGCACCACCAUGUUCUCAAGCAGCCGGCGGCCAGCCACGUAUGACAUGGAGAGUCGGGAGGAGCUUCAACCAUGGGCGGUGGUGGCGGCGGCGGCAGCACCAUUGGCGGCGGCAGCGUGCUGGGCGGACACGGCACGGGCAUGAGCAAUAGUACGGUUGGCAUGGGAGCUCCUCCUGGCAGCUUGAUGCACGGCGGCGGCGCCAAUGGCGGCGCCCCCGGCAAUAUCUACGGCAAUGGCAAUGGCGGUGUGGGUGUGGGUGGCGGCGGACAGAGUACGGCACCAGGUUCGGUGAUUGAUUCGAGGGCCGUCUCCGUGGUGGUGACACUGCCCGGUGGUCCGGGAUCCCAGCAUCAGGGGCAGGCGUUGAGCGAUUACGGUCCCAUAUAGUUAAUGGUACGCCCGGACACCACGCACUGGGUCUCGACGAGUAGCUUCAGUCAGUUGUAAGUCCUUUCACUCACUCACUCGCACUCGCCACACUCUCCAUCUCUGUCUCACUGUGUGUCUGUCUGUCUGUCACUCUCACACGUAGUAGUAUCCACACACACACACACACUCUUUCUGUCUCUCAUUCGCAAAGGUUUGAAGCAAUUGCCAUAUUAAUUCUUGUAGCUGUAGAUUUGUUUUUAGGAGGAAAACGCAACAAAAUAAGCAACACUCUGCAUUAAGAUUCUAGUCCAAAAACCUUUGUCAUCGAUAUAGCAGAUAACCGAUAGGAGAUAGUCGAUAGCCAGCGAUAGCAGACGAGAGCAAAGUGCAGCGAAACAGCACCGUGUGAGCAAAGAGAAAAGGGGGAGAAAGUCGAGAGCGAAAUCAGAAUUACGGAGAGCCAAAUUGAAGAUCAAAUCUAGAUCCAGAAGCAGUCGCGCGGUCUGUUCCAUCCCUACCAUAAUCGAGAACUACUUUCCUAUUCCUAAUUAUUUAUACACAACAGCCUUUGUUCUAACCCAAUCACACACACACGCACACCAACACACUUUCUUCAACGAAAUAGACUGAGAAAUGCAAAAACCAAUUAAGAAGUAACAUACGCGGGGGGUUGAAACGGCGAAUAAACGAAGGAGAUCUGCGUAGAGUAGAAAGCACUCUGCCCCACACA